CUUUUCUCGUUUCCCCCAUUUAUUUAAUAAUCUCUUUUCCAUUUCCUCAAAACAAAUCACAAGUUUUCUAUCUAGAGGAAUAACUAGAAGAAAUCAUACAUUGUAAAAAUGGCUAUGGCUGUUCCAUCUUCUCUCUCAUCUGAAAUCAAAGUUCCAAGUAUCAACGCAUUUCAACAAUCCGAUUGUUCGUUCGAGAAGUUGACCGCGGUUGUUAAUUUUUCAUCUCGGCGCGCUGUUUCAGCCGUUAAGCCUUUACGAGCCGCGGCCGAGUCACGUCGGAAUGACUCGGUGAGUCCACUCGCUGCCACGGCCAUCGCCGCUCCUAUAACUGAGGAAGAGGUAAAAGAGGAAGUGAGAAUUGUGGAAGAAGAAGACUUUCAACAGUUGGCAAAGGAGCUCAAGAAUGCUUCUCCUCUUGAAAUUAUGGAUAAAGCUCUUGCGAAAUUCGGAAAUGAUAUCGCCAUUGCUUUUAGUGGUGCGGAAGAUGUUGCUUUGAUUGAAUAUGCCAAAUUAACUGGCAGACCAUUCAGAGUUUUUAGUUUAGACACAGGAAGAUUGAACCCAGAAACAUAUCGCUUUUUCGAUGAGGUUGAAAAACACUAUGACAUACACAUUGAAUACAUGUUUCCAGAUUCAGUAGAAGUUCAGGCAUUAGUUAGGAACAAGGGUUUGUUUUCCUUCUACGAGGACGGCCAUCAAGAGUGUUGCCGUGUGAGGAAGGUCAGGCCUCUAAGGAGAGCUUUAAAGGGGUUGCGAGCCUGGAUUACUGGCCAAAGAAAGGACCAGUCUCCCGGGACUCGCUCUGAUGUUCCGGUUGUCCAAGUGGAUCCUGUUUUUGAGGGUUUGGAUGGUGGAGUCGGCAGCCUUGUGAAGUGGAAUCCUGUUGCUAAUGUUGAUGGUAAGGAUGUUUGGAACUUCCUUAGGACUAUGAAUGUCCCUGUCAACUCCUUGCACUCCCAAGGAUAUAUCUCAAUCGGGUGUGAACCAUGCACAAGGCCUGUUUUGCCUGGUCAGCAUGAGAGGGAAGGAAGAUGGUGGUGGGAAGAUGCCAAGGCUAAGGAAUGUGGCCUCCAUAAGGGUAAUCUUAAGCAAGAAAGUUCUGAAACUCAAAAUGGUAGUGCACAAGCCAAUGGUGAGGUUGCUGACUUAUUUGAGUCUCCAAACUUGGUGAACUUGAGCAGGGCAGGAAUCGAGAACUUGAUGCAAUUGGAGAACCGAAAAGACCCAUGGAUCGUUGUCCUAUAUGCACCAUGGUGCCAGUUCUGCCAGGGAAUGGAAGGUUCAUACCUAGAGCUGGCUGAUAAGUUGGCUGGAAGUGGUGUAAAGGUAGGAAAGUUCAGGGCAGACGGUGAACAAAAGGCGUUUGGUAAAAGUGAUUUGCAGUUGGGAAGCUUCCCAACUAUUCUGCUCUUCCCGAAACACUCGUCUCAGCCAAUCAAAUACCCUUCAGAAAACAGGGAUGUCGAUUCACUAUUGGCUUUUGUCAAUGCCCUCAGAUAAUAGGCAUCAACAGCCAGAUAAAUAUUCCAUAGGAAUGGCUACUGGUAAAAAUAGGGAAGAUAACUCAGUUGUGUGUUGAACAAAAGUUCAACAAAACCUGAGCAUAAUUCUCCCUUUAUGAUUCCAAGGGAGGUUCUUUUAUAGUCUAUAGAGUGUAGUACAUGAAACAUGAUGACUUGUUGUAAGUUUGAGAUGUCAUGUUCAUAUACCUUAAACCUUUAAUUUUUUUUUUCUAUUGAGUUUUGUGGGGGUUGGGAAGAUGGUAUAAAAGUUUGAUGUUCAAAUGGGUGGAAUGGUGAUGGUUAAGCUUCUACAAACAUGGUUAGAGUUUUGUGUACAUUCUGAAAGGCUUUUGAACAAAUAAAUGCGACUUUUCUAUC